CAACACUGACCUUGUUUCCUCCUGCCAUUGUCCAUCUUGGGAUUCGUCUUCAGCUAGCUACCCAUUGACAACUGGCAUUGAGAAUGGUUGCCGCACGACUUCUCCGCCCAGCGGCGCAGCUCCUCCGCUCCGGUCCUACAGCUGCUACAAUCCCGAGAUCGAGCUUUCAGAGAGUCGCUGCGCCAGCGGUAUCAAGAUGGAGAACAUAUGCGACUGGCUCCAAGGAGAUGACUGUGAGAGAAGCUCUCAAUGAGGCAAUGGUGGAGGAGAUGGAGAAGAACCCAAAGGUCUUCGUGCUGGGUGAGGAGGUUGCACAAUACAACGGCGCAUACAAAGUCACAAAGGGCCUCCUAGAUCGCUUCGGCGACAAGCGAGUUAUUGAUUCGCCAAUCACCGAGUCUGGAUUCUGUGGUCUUACUGUGGGUGCUGCGCUUGCCGGACUGGUGCCCAUCUGCGAAUUCAUGACUUUCAACUUCGCCAUGCAAGCCAUUGAUCAGAUCAUCAACUCCGCUGCGAAAACCCACUACAUGUCUGGUGGUAUCCAGCCAUGUAACAUUACUUUCCGAGGGCCCAACGGAUUCGCCGCAGGUGUUGCUGCCCAACAUUCGCAGGACUAUACUGCAUGGUAUGGAUCCAUUCCAGGUCUCAAGGUCGUUUCUCCUUACUCCGCCGAGGAUGCGAAGGGUCUAUUGAAGGCCGCCAUUCGGGAUCCUAACCCAGUUUGUGUGCUUGAGAACGAGCUGUUGUACGGUCUGCCAUUCCAGAUGAGCGAGGAGGCGCAGAGUGACGAGUUCGUGAUUCCUUUCGGCAAAGCGAAGAUCGAGCGCCCCGGCAAAGACCUUACCAUCGUCACCCUUUCGCGAUGCGUCGGUCAGUCCCUUGUGGCAGCCGAGCAAUUGAAGAGCAAGUACGGCGUCGAGGCUGAGGUCAUUAACCUCCGAAGUAUCAAGCCCAUGGAUGUGGAGGCAAUCAUCAAAUCAGUGAAGAAAACUGGACGCCUCAUGGCUGUUGAGUCUGGCUUCCCAAGCUUUGGUGUUGGAGCAGAGAUCAUGGCUUUGACGGCCGAAUACGCCUUUGACUACCUAGAGGCUCCUCCAGUCCGUGUCACUGGUGCUGAGGUUCCAACGCCAUACGCCGAGAAGCUGGAGAAGAUGAGCUUCCCAACCGAACAGCUUAUUGCAGACUACGCAGCCAAGCUUCUCCGAGUAUGAGGAUACUCAUGCAGAUGGCGUUGAGACGGCAUGAGGUUACAAUAGCACCAAGCCAUGAUGGCCGCCAGCCCGCGUGCUAGACACGUGGCAGCUGCAAAGAUAGAGAUUGGAGCGCCUUCAGUGUGGCUCCUGCAGCGAGCCUUCGACCCCAGCAGUGGCGAGACAGGGUACUGUAACUGUACUUUUUUACCACGGCUUCUCAUGUGUCCUGUGUUAGAGGGCAGAAUUGCGUUUUUGUGUGAUAGUGCAUCAAGCGUGGGUGCGGGAAUGGAUCGGAAUUCAAUUGCUAUAUUCAAAGCAUGAUAUGCAGCACAAAGCUGCAUUUCCAAGCUU